CUUCCGCCAAAAAUUCAAAACUCCUUCGGCUGUAGUAACGUGAAGUCUUUAAUCAGUUAGCUAGCUAUUUUAUAUACUUUAACUAGUUUAGCGACAAUGGAUCCGUUCGGUGAGGAGCAUACUACAAUGUACUUUUAUGAAAACAGACUGAAAACCUACGUUGGAUGGCCAUUCGAUGAGGAUUGCACUUGCACUCCAGAAAACAUGGCAAAAUCUGGCUUCAUCCAUACCCCGUCCGAGAACAGCCCUGACACGGCCAAGUGCUUCUUCUGCCUCAAAGAGCUGGAGGGCUGGGAACCAGAUGAUGACCCAGAGGAGGAGCACAGAUCACAUUCCUCUAACUGCAACUUCAUUGCUCUGAAGAAAAGUGUAAAUGACCUAACAGUGGAGGAGUUCCUGAAAUUACAGAAAGAGAGGCAAAAGUUUAUCAUUAACAAGACUUGUAACGAGGCUAUCGGCAAGUUUGAGGAGGCGGCAAAACAGAGGAGAGGGGAGAUUAUCAAGACCGCGAUGGAGGAAGAGUGAGGAGAGAGGCAAACGAGGAAGAGUCAAUAAUAUGUUAUAUACUAUAAUUGAUUUCCUCCACUGUUUUGUACAUGUUUUGUAAAAAUGGUUUAUCUGAUGUUUUCUUAUUAAUAUUUUUGUCAUUAAAUAUUUGCUCUCCACCUAAAUAUACAUGCAUUUCGGCA